GCGGUUAUUAUUUAUAGAUGAGCCGUCUCGAACGAACCGCAGUCAAAGAAUGUCCGCAGUCGAGAAGUGCAGUCUACAGAACAAACAUAGGAGCCUUAUCAACUGACUAACUAAAGUUACAAUGGCCGUGUACAAAAUCGUCGUGGUCGUCUUAGUAAUAGCCACUUUAGCCAUAGCUCAGAGGCCUUUCUACGCUGGAACCGGCGCCAUCGGAUAUCCACAACUUGAUAAUGAUGCAUUCCAAAUAUCAAACCGUUUCGGCGAGGACGAGCCCGUCCCUAUUCAAGUCAAAAACGACAAGAAGUUUGUAAGCAACGUGGAGAAACUUCCUAUUGACAACAGACCUUUUUGGUACAUUAACUGGCAGCAGUAUGACGCCUUCAGGAAACAGCCCCAAACGUGGCCGCAAAGACCAAAUAAUUUUAUCGAUAAAUAAAAAAUAAAUAUCACGGCUACAGCAUGAAGCGUUCGAAAUUUAAAAUUUAUGUUUUGCCGCGUCAAAGCAAGGAAAUGUUUACAUACGUUGUGUGAUUUUAAAUUAAACGCAAUGUUUUGAUCCGAAUUAAGAACCAAGACUGGUUUUAAAAACAAAACAUCAAAUUUAAAAAGCAAAAAAUAGCAUAGGAAGCAGAGAAACGAGAAACAGUUUAAAAAUGAUGCAAUAUUAAAGCCUGUUCUGCGUACAUUUACCUUAAGUGACAACUAGAUAUUUUUUCUUUUAUUUGAAACCAGUUUGCAAAUAUAAAAUAAUCCAGUUCCUUUUAUCAGUGUGCCAUUAAAAAGUGUAGGUGUUUAUUUUACGUACUUAUUUGUUUCAUUAUAAAGGUUAAGUUGUAUAAUAUAUAAUAAAGUUAAUGAUCUUUAA